CACACACUCACACACACACACACACACGUUCAAGGUCAUGAAGAUUGUUUAUGAUCUAUUUAAAUAAUCCUUCAUAGUCAGGAAACAUUCAAACCCUGUUUUAGAUAUUUAGUUAUCUUCAUUUUCUUUAUUGACACAGUCCUCCUUUAUAUUGUUGAAAGAGUGAAUCCUGAUUAUCAAGUACAAUUUACAGUUCACACCAAGAGGGUGUAUCACCCUCAGAUGUAUCUGAAGAAAAUGGACGGACUAAAUGGGUAGAUAUGAUGUCAUCUUAAGCUCUAAAAAUAGGAAAAGCUAAAUGUCGGGACCCCCUUUCUUGUGGGUUUUUGACGCACUCUCAUUCUAUGGAAUCGAACUCCCUAAAUGUCGAUAUUUGACAACAUGGAAGGUGGAAGAGGAGCUGGUUCCGUCUUUUGAAAUAGCAGAUAAUAUGUUCGAUCCUUUCGUCAUUGAAUUUCAGUUUUAACGUAUUUUGAGCUGCUUUUCUGAAUAAAUGCUGUGAUUUUAUCACCCGGCUUGUAUUUACAGUCUCUUUAAUUUAUGUGAUGAAAGUCUGGAACAGAACUUGUACUUUGUUAAAUAUCAACAUAAGAACAUAAGAAGUGACAAAAAUGUAUGCAAUGAAGUUGGUCUAUUGCUGUCUGUUGGAGGACAUGAAGACGAUAAAACUACAUGGUCCGAUUAUGAAUUAUUCAGGAGUCAGCCAUGCCUGUUGAAUCCAGUUUCCUUUAUGCUGUAAACAGACGCGGGUAUCACAUGACCCAGAACACAAACAGAACACCCGACACACCCUCUCCACAAGUCUCCACAUGUUGGUGAGCGUAGCCUUGCUCCGUGUUAUCUGCUACGCAGACGACAGCUCGACAGCAGCAACCUGUUUCCAACAGGAUGGAUGCACACAUUAGCAUCCAACUGGAGCGAAUGACAGUCUUUUCAGUGCAUUUCCAUUCCUAUGGUCACCUGACGGCUUUGUUUUUAUAUUACCUUGUAAGUGCCAUUUACCUUUCUGACAGCAGCUUGGGACGUUUUUUCACAGACAGUCAUUUCAGCAUCUUUGCUGACAAAGAAAAGACCUUUGAUCUGCUGCAUGGCUGUGUCAACAGAUGCAUCCUGGUUAUUAAGGAUUUGAUAAAUGCUGCCCAUCAUUCUCCACCCCUUAUUCAAACCAGAUUUGCCUCCUGGAGCUCUGAAUGUAUGUUUGUGCAGGUUUGGUGAGGGUUCUCUGGAAUGAUGGUUUAGUAUUUUUCUACAUUACAGCAACACAAAUGUGCAUCCUAAAUCAUUUCCAUUUUAUGUAAACACACGGCAGAGGUUAGGGAAAAAAACAAGACUUUUUUUCUUCAUUGUUUUUAGCUGUCACCUGUAGAGUCAUAAGAAAAACAAGAGUGAGUCAGCAAAUCAAAUAUUGAUCUGUCUGUAUUUUUAACUUCUGCACAUGGCUGGCUCCUGUUAGUGUAACUAACCUGCCACAGGUGGUGCGUGAACAGUGCUCCGCCUCUACAGCAGAAGAUGCAAAUAGCAAUGCUAAGGUUACCAUUUUACAUGUGAUCCUUUGGGCAAAGAGGCGUUGUCAUCAGAUCACACCAGCUCUUUUACAGUGAGAACCAGACAGCCGCAGUCAGCUGAGCGCCACUGACAUCAUUCUGAAGGAUCCACCAUCAGUCAUCGCUGCCUUGUUUUAACUGUUUUUUACAAUGCCCAUUGUGGAGCUUUUGGGAGCACAGUUGGACAUGCAGCAGCUGUUGAAACUGAGUGUUUCUGUGGCUGCAGUGCUGCUGAUUUCUUGGGCCUACAAGUUCUACGGCUCCAGGGGUGCAAGGAAUAAACAGCCCUGUGGCAAAGACAAGAAAGAAAUACAAAAUACUGGCUGCCAAAACUACAGGAGGACGCUACAGUGUGAAAGCUUAGAAGAUGAGAGUAAGGACGAUGAGGACAGGCAAGGUUCCACCACUGAGGAUCCGGCAUCUGAAUGCAGAAAGGAAGUACGUACAGAACUUCGGCAUCAAGCUGAAAUGAGCAAAGAAGCAGCUGAUAAAUCAAACUGUGACCAAGAUGAACGUGAGGAAGAGGAGAAUCUGCCUCAUGAGAUUAAGCUGACAGGUUCCACCAGUCAUCUUCUAUUUGGAUCUGCUUCGAGUCUUUGUGAGCCCAUGGAGAAUAAAAUGGCCUCUCCAAAGGGACGCCGUUCCCCUUGUCUUUUGACUAAGCUGGAGGGUAGUGUGGGUGUGGGCAGGGAGCUGAGACAGGACUUGGAGCACCAGGGGGUUUACUCUAGCUUUCUCUCCAAGGCAGAAAUAAAAGUGGGAGAUGCUAAAGUGGUGCUGGAAGGAUCCGGAGAGCAGAUUGUUCAUGGAAAGAUUUACGAUUACUACGUAGAGUCUUUGUCUCACUCCUUUGCAAAUUCAAAGACUUUGCUGAGUCUAAAUGAGAGACACACCGAUUCAGAGCAGGACUUUGGAAGCCAUGACAGCAGCCUCACAAGACCCCCUUCCUCUCUGAGCUCUAUCAUGAUACGCGAUCUUGUUUUUCCAGAAAGUGAAGUUGAGGAUACCUCUCCACAAGAAAGCCUGGGGCUGAGACACCCUGCAAGGCCUGCACGCCUACGGAAAAUGAGCUAUCUGUCUGCUGCAGAGAACUCUGAGCUCCCCGCGCCCUUUCAGUUUUCAACAGCCUCAACUUCAACAGCUCAAACUCUGGCAUCGACAUCUGACGAGACUAUCCCUCUUCUGAGCUCCACAGAUGGAAAACAUAAAAUGGAGGAAGAGACUGAUCUAGAGACCAACGCAAGAGCUCCAUUUUUGCUCCUUCCAAAUGAAAAUUUCCUCAAUGCAGAUCUCGAAAUAAUAAAGAGUAAACUUGAUUUAGGGAACUGUUUAGAGGUCCUUCAUCUUGCCAAGAAAAAAGGUCAGAAGUCUAUUGAGCAAGCAGCCCUCGGGGUCAUGUCGGACAACUAUCUGCAGGUGCUUCGGGAUCCCAACCUUUAUGGACGACUGAUGGCUAAUGAGCGAGAACAAAUUCGGAAGCAGAGGAUGAGAGGGCGACCGUUUGUCAUUGCUGCAGAUAUGGACCCUCAAGACUGGUUGAAAAAAACAGAAGGGCAGAGAGUAAACGCUGAACAGAGGAGUCAGUCCAGUGCAAUGUAUUACUAUGAUGACUACAAAGACUGCUGGCAUACUCUUUGCCUGAUUCCACAGGAGGUCAUCUCUAACGCCUGUGCCAUGUGCACGAUGGAUAACUACUUAUUUGUGGCAGUAGGCUGCCAAGGCAGGGACACAGAAAUGACCCCCUCAAAGAGAGUGCUUUGCUACAAUCCUUUGACAUCCAUUUGGAAAGAGAUCAGUCCUAUGAACAAAGCCAGGCCUCGCUGCAAACUGGCGGCACUGGAGGGCUACAUCUACGCCAUCGGAGGGGAGUGUCUCUCUUCAGUGGAGCGCUAUGAUCCACGACAGGACAGGUGGACAUUUGUGGCUCCGCUGCCUAAUGAUACGUUUGCUGUUGCACACCAAGUGGCAGUGUGCAGCGGAGAACUCUUUGUUUCUGGGGGUACUCUUCGGUAUAUGCUGCUGCGCUACAACCCCAAGGCCGACACCUGGAGGCCGAGUCUGAUGUUGAGCAGCAACGACAGAACUGCAGACAUGGCUGCCGUGGGGAGGUUUCUCUACAGGUUUGAUGUCAACACGCUGCUGGGUGUCAGCGUGUACCGCUACCACACAGUGGCACGCCUUUGGUAUGAGUGCAGCUGCAAGAGACUUCUACGCUGCCCUGCUUUCCAGUGUGUUGCAAUGGGCAGCACAGUCUACUGCAUCAGCCGGCACUUCACCAUGAAGUUCAGGGCAGAUGAGAUCUCGCCUGCUUUUGCAGAUGAAGAUUUGAGCAUCCUCUCUGCAGCCAAGGGCAUACUUUUUCCCUUUGUCCUCUCUCUACCUGACAAGAGUCCUCGACAGACAAGUGUGUGAAAACAUUUUAAGCUUUUCACCACUGAUAAGAUUAUAGUUGCUAAGUAGUCCUACAAAAGUAAACUACAUCAGAUGCAUGACCGUUUUUAUUACUAUUAUUAUUUGCACAGGCAGCCUUGCCCCAAAUGUUAUUGCAAACAUACACAUUGCUCUGUUAUUUAUGAGAUUUUAUAAACAAAGCUAUAGUCUGCUGGUUACAUGAAAGGCUCUUUUUCCUGGCUCAGGUAUUGAGAUAAAGACGUGUUUCCCGUCUGACGGCCCUAAACGUAAGUGGUAGGCACACGGCUGUUUGCUUCUGCUUUGCUGCUUUCUUUGCUUCACUUCCGUUGUGAUUAUUUUUGUCAUCCCAGACUCUUAACCUUUUUACUGCAAAAGAUGAUGAAUACAAAAUUCUUGAAGGUAAAUUAGUUCACUGGGAUCUAAUUAUGUGUUCAGCCAAUCUAGAGAUUAUUUAUCACCGCUCCUCUGUAGGGCACACAUAUAACUUACACUCCAGCCUGAGCACAAUGCCAUUAUCUUACACUGCUCUUUAAAAAUGACAGGAUGUAAAUGGGCACGGCAUGCACCAUGAACAGGUAAGCUACCAAAGCGUUCGUCGCUGGGUUUGAAACACUUCAACCUUUAGAUUUACAUUUAUUUUUGUCAUUGAACUCGUUCCCUAACAACAACUAGAACAGACUUAAUCAUGAAUGCAAUGAUUGUUUACCGUAUGAUGCAAACCUUUUCUUCUGUCUUAUAAAUAUUAAAGAAAAAUCAGAAUGUACCAUUUAUUUGUCACUAACUCAUUAAAACAUGUGGUUAAUUUUUAACAUCUUUAGUUGAACUUAACAUUCCAUUCAGCUAGUACAGAAGAUAGGUGUAGGAGACUAUUUUCAUGUACAGCCUGCAUGAAAGUGAAAAAGCAAAUGGUUUAGUUUACAGUUUAUUUUAAAAUAUUAGCAAAUUAAGUGCAUAAAAACACAUUUAACUAAUUAGUUGUUUGCUGUUUUGAAAUCCCUUCUAAGCCAUAGUAAACACAGGUGAUGCGCUGCUGUAGCACCAUCAUGUGGUUCAGACGGCUAACACAGCGUUGCUUUGCUGAGUGGUUCUGAAGGCUUACUGUGACACACGCAGGUUAGAGUCACAUGACACACAGACAGCAAAAAAUAAGAAAAAUUCAAAAAACAGGAUUAACCAACUAACAGUGAAACAGAGCUGCACUGAAGGCAGCAGGGAUGUGGACAAAAAGAAGGCCCAGACAACUGACCCUCAGACAUCUUUCGUUCUUCUUAUUCAAAGUCUUUCACUCGUGAUUAAACACUUAAUGAGAGUUAAACAUGUCUCUUCUUUUCUGGUUUACAUAAACACCUUCAUCAUAACCAUUAUCAGCAUUAUUCCUUCAGAUUUAAUGUAAUCCAGUCUAGUCUGAAAUUCAAUUCAAUUCAAGUUUAUUUAUGUAGCGCCAAAUCACGACAAGAGUCGUCUCAAGGCACUUCACAUAAUAAAAAUUCCAAUUCAGAUCAGUUCAUGAAGCCAAUCAGAAAUAAUGUUUCCUAUAUAAGGAACCCAGCAAAUUGCAUCAAGUCACUGACUAGUGUCAGUGACUUUACAGCAAUCCUCAUACUAAGCAAGCAUAAAGGGACAGUGGAGAGGAAAACUCCCUUUUAACAGGAAGAAACCUCCAGAGGAUCCUGGAUCAGUAUAAGCAGCAAUCUUCCACGACUCACUGGGGAUC